UUGCUCGUCCAACGGUCUCGAACUCCUUCAAUUUUGACCGGUAUCACUGGUGUAAACCAUUCCUUUCCUUUUUCCGACUUUCAUUGUUCCACUCCCUGCAUCGAACAUCUCUUUUAAGUCGAGUUAAUCCUAUCGGCUUUUCGACAUUUUUCCUUCUGCGCUACAUGUCGCCUUUAUACUUCUGAAAGCUCUUGCCAUAUAUUAGCUCUAGAGCUUUCUAGAUUUCCGAGCUUAGCUCCGAAAUUAUAUCACCACAGCAUGCCCGACAGGACAGUGGUGGUUGUAACUUCAGCUGUCGGCUUGGGCGCUGUCACAGCACUCACCAUCCCAGCUGCAUUGAGCCUGAGUAAACUGCGUAACCGUGGUCCCAAAUUCGCGACUGGAGUUUACGAGGAUGAAGAUGGAAAAAGUACACGAGAUGCUGUUGAAGCAUUCAAUAAUAGGGCCUCGAAGGCCGCUAUUCUCAUAUUUUCUCUAGCUGGUCUCGGGAUAUCGAUUGCGCUUGCCGUGAUCUCGACGUUGGGCACACGAGGGGGGAUUGAUGGCGGUUUGUUCCUCGAAGAUUGGUUGGCUGUUCCAAUUUGGGCUCUUCUAACUUUACAGGCUACCUGUAUUACGUGUAGUCGGGAUUCGGUAUCUGCUUACGAUCUAGGUAUAUGGUCAUUCCUUUCGUGUAUCAUCCUCACCGCAGUUCUCGCGAUCCAGGACGACGACGUGGUCGUAUUUUUGCUAGAGCACAAUUCUACUGGAAUAUUUUCCUUGCGCACUGCAGAAAUAAUUGCCGCCAUCUGUCUAGCCGUUUCGAGCCUUUCAAUUCCUCGUCGCCCUGAUGUAUUUCACGAUGGACAGCCGGUGGAUAGGUUGUACACGGAAUCCGCGUGGAGCCGAUUCAACUGGAGUUGGCCGGCUUACUUGCUUAACAAGGCUUCCAAGCAUGGCAACCUUGAUCUAGAAGAUCUCCCCCGGCCAGAUCAUUAUACAAGGUCCAAGGAAACAACCGCUGAUUGGGAAAGUCGAGGUUUCACCGGCCCGCUCUGGAUCUCUAUUAUCCUCGCACAUAAGUGGCUCUUCGCGCUGCAAUGGAUAUUAAGUGCUGUUACUGCCUUCCUCAACAUGGCACCUCAGUGGGUUGUUUUACAACUUCUGAACAUGCUAGAGCGACGAAAAAACCACGAGAAACUAGGCUACGAGGCUUGGGUUUGGGUCAUUCUGAUCGCUGUGUCUGUUCUUGUUCGAUCAUGGGUUGAAGCAUAUAAUUACUGGAUAUCUUGGGCGCAGAUUUCUAUACCAAUUAGGGCACAGCUAUCAGCUCUAAUCUUCCAGAAAUCAAUGAGACGUAAAGACGUCAAGGAAGCUAACAAGAAGAAAUCUACCUCGGAAUCGCCCGAGCCGAAUAUUGCUGGUCCGGUUGGCGAAGCGUCUACGGAGGACAGACCGGAUAUUAACGAUUUCGAGGAAGACGAUGAGCAGAUCCUGAAGAGCAAACAAAGUACUGUCAACUUGAUAGGUGUCGAUGCUAAGCGGGUGUCGGAUUUUGCCGCGUUCAACAGUAUCUUCCCUGAAAGCCUGUUCAAGCUGAUCGUGUCGCUAGCCUUCCUCCUAGAACUCCUUGGAUGGAAAGCUCUUCUCGCAGGUUUCUCAACGAUGCUUGCCGUCCUUCCCUUGAAUAUUUAUUUCUCGAAGAGGUAUUCUGAUGCCCAGGAUCGAUUGAUGAAAGUUCGCGAUGAGAAGAUGGAAGUUGUUUCGGAGGCUCUCCAAGGGAUCCGCCAAAUUAAAUUCUCCGCCCUUGAACCCCAAUGGGAGAAGAAGAUUGGUGAUAUCCGAGAACAGGAAUUGAAAUGCGUUUGGAGCGCUUUCUCCAAUGAUGUCAUACUCAUAGGUUGCUGGAUUACGAGCCCGGUCAUGCUUGCUGCCGUUUCCCUCGCUGUUUAUGCAACCUUGCACGGAAAUCUAUCCCCCUCUGUUGCAUUCGUCAGUCUUGGUGUAUUUAAGGCACUUGAAGUUACUCUAUCUGUCAUCCCGGAGUUAGUAACUGAUCUCGUCGAUGCUUGGGUUUCCGUGAAGCGGAUGGAUGCCUACCUGAACGGUGCAGAGAUCUCAAAGGUCACCAAAGAAGCUGAUGAGGUUACCUUAGACAAUGCAUCUAUCGCCUGGCCUUCAGACAACCAAGACGAGGAAGACAUCGAUCGAUUUGUCCUGCGCAACGUCAACAUCUCGUUUCCUAAGGGCGAACUAUCCAUCAUAUCAGGAAAAACUGGGAGCGGGAAAAGUUUAAUGUUGGCCGCUGUCCUGGGUGAGGUCGAUAUUCUUUCUGGGUCCAUCAGCGUGCCCCGUGCACCAUCCCAGCGCCACGACCAGAAAGCGAACAAAGACAAUUGGAUUAUUCCUGGUGCUAUCGCGUUUGUUGCACAGAUACCAUGGAUUGAGAACGCGACUGUCAAAGAUAACAUUCUAUUUGGCCUGCCGUACGAUGCAUACCGAUACAACACGACGGUCGAGGCCUGUGCCCUUACAAAGGACAUGGAGAUGUUCAGCGAUGGGGAGAACACAGAGAUUGGUGCCAACGGUAUUAACCUAAGUGGUGGACAGAAAUGGCGAAUCACUUUGGCGCGAGCUAUCUACUCUCGUGCGGGCAUCCUAGUUCUCGACGACAUAUUUAGUGCUGUUGAUGCUCAUGUUGGCCGCCACAUCUUCGAAAAGUGUUUAACUGGAGAACUUUGCAUCGGACGAACGAGAAUCUUGGUUACACACCAUGUUGCCUUAUGUGAGCCAAAGACAAAGUACCUUGUCGAGCUGGGAGAUGGUCGUGUGUUGAAUGCAGGGCUUGUGUCCGAAUUAGAAGAAACUGGAACUCUGCAGCAAAUCAAGAGCCACGAGCAGACAGACCGAGAAAUCCGAGAUGAUGGAACGUCGACCGUCAUUAAUUCUGAAGAUACGUCCCAAAUUGGCAUUGAACCCGAUGGGGAGCCCCUAGCAAAGGUUCCCUCAAAGACACCUGCACGUAAAUUCGUCGAAGAAGAGGGCCGCGAGAAGGGUGCUGUCAAGGGCAAAAUCUACGCAGCGUAUCUGAAAUAUAGCGGCUCGUGGUGGUUCUGGUCUACGAUUCUUUCCCUCUUCCUAUUCGUGCAAGUACUGACGGUUGGACGCUCUUGGUGGUUGAAAAUAUGGACAGGAUCGUAUGACGAGCAUGAACAGAACAUUAAUGCGCAAACAGACAAGCAGGCAUACGUAUACCAGUUCGCCCUACCUCAGUUUACGAUGAACAGCAUGGUUCAGCCAAUGGUUCAACCAGAGAACAAGAGCUUAGGAUUUUACCUCGGCAUAUACAUCUUUCUCUCGGUUUUCACCUCCGUGGUCUCGACGUUCCGAUACUACUACGUAUUCUACGGUUCUAUUCGUGCUUCUAGACAACUAUUCGCCAAACUCAACUUUGUGGUACUCCGAGCUCCACUCCGAUGGUUAGAUACUGUCCCCUUGGGUAGAAUCCUGAACCGAUUUACGGCCGAUUUCCAUUCCGUGGAUACACACAUGGCAUAUUCGAUGGCAUUUGCGGGAAGCGCAUUCCUCAACCUUGCAGGCGUCGUUGUCGCUGGACUAUUCGUCUCGCCAAUAAUCAUCGUCAUGUCACUAAUCUUACUUUUAAUAUGCGCGUUCUAUGCAAUUCGCUACAUUCAAGGGGCCAGGCCGGUGAAGCGCCUUGAAUCAGUCACCAAGUCUCCCGUGUUUGAACAAUUCGGAUCAGCCUUGACUGGCGUGCAGACGAUCAGAUCAUUCGACAAGUCUCAUACUUACAUCGAGCGCAUGCACAAGAAAUUGGAUGACUGGUCCGUCGCAACAUGGCAUCUCUGGUUGUUCAUCCGUUGGAUGGCGUGGAGAAUGGCAGUAGUUGGAAGUUUAUUCGCUUCAUUCGUUGCCAUUCUUAUCCUUAUAAGCCCCGAGAUUGACGCGGCGCUCGCUGGUUUUGGAAUGGCAUUUGCACUCGAAUUUUCGGGCCACGUCAUGUGGACUAUCCGUCAUUACGCCAAUGUCGAGCUGGAGAUGAACGCAGCGGAGCGAAUCGUCGAAUACACCGAACUCCCAACAGAAAGUCUGGAAGGCAAGAGCCCGCCAGCGGCAUGGCCAACAGAAGGGCGAGUCGAGGUAAACGAUCUUGUCGUCAGUUAUGCGGAGGACCUGGAUCCUAUACUUAAAGGGCUUAACUUCACCAUCGAAAGAAAUGAACGUGUCGGUGUUGUAGGACGCACAGGCGCAGGAAAAUCGUCUCUCACACUUGCUCUCUUCCGUUUCCUCGAGGCUCGGUCCGGGAGCAUCCACAUUGAUGGACUAGAUAUUUCCAAGAUCAAGUUACACGACCUACGAAGCCGCUUAGCUAUCAUCCCACAGGACCCUGUUCUAUUCAGCGGCACUGUGCGAUCCAAUCUCGACCCCUUCGACAACCACACAGAUGCUGAGCUUUUUGAUUCACUAACUCGUGUGCACCUAAUCUCUGAGGAGGAAAAUGAGGCUCGUAACAGCAAUGAGUCAUCGCCUACCGCAUCCGGCACCUCCACCCCAACCUCUAGCCGGAAAAAGAACGCAAAUAUCUUCCUCGACUUACUCUCACCCAUCUCAGAGGGCGGCCUCAAUCUAUCACAAGGACAGCGACAGCUACUAUGCUUAGCCAGGGCAAUUGUGUCCCGUCCUAAGGUUAUGGUGUUGGAUGAGGCAACGAGCGCCGUGGACAUGACAACGGAUGCGCUGAUCCAGCGCAGCAUACGCGAAGAGUUCGGCGAUAGCACCCUAGUCGUUAUUGCGCACCGAUUGAGCACCGUAGCAGAUUUCGAUCGCAUCCUGGUCCUAAGCGAUGGAAAGGUAGCCGAGUACGGAACGCCCAAGGAACUAUGGGAGCUGGAGAAUGGAUUGGGGAUGUUCCGAGCCAUGUGCGAACAGAGUGGCGAAAAGGAACAUCUGAGACAGAUCGUUUACGGAGAGGUUUGAGUGGGGGUUUGAGACAUGCAGACGUGGGGAUUAGAUAGGAGAUACGAAAAGACCGAAGGGUAUGAAUUGACGAACUAUACAUGGCUGGACGAGAAAAAAAGGUAGAGAUGAAUGCAUGGGAGUCAUUUAGAUGGGCUGCUAUUGAUUGAUUGAUUAUGAGGGCUUGGACGAGGCUAUCUACGGAGGCUUUGUUGUAUGUUGUGCUUAUACUGUUGAAUACCUAAGUAUCUAGUAGAUAGGAUACUACUAGGUAGAUAGGUGUGCGUGGCACGGUGGAUGGUAAUAGUAAUUGAUAAAUGGCCA